UUUCUAUUUUGAUAUACAGAUAAAAUACGCUGAAGAUAUAGGAAUAUCAAGGCACGCGUCUUCGUGGAUAUAUCCCGUCACUGGUAUGAUAUCGACUGUAUGUAGAAUACUCACUGGAAAAGUUGGUGAYACUGGUCRUGUCUCGUUUUACACCAUGUUUCAAUGUGGAUCGGUUCUUAUGGCAAUAACGCAAUUCCUGAUGCCAUUGGCGUCAAAUAUYGGUUAUCUUUAUGGMUAUGCUGUUAUGCAAGGAAUAUGUGAAGCUAUGUAUUUUACAUCKGCAUAUUGUUUAUCGAUGUCAAUAGACCCACGACAAGGUCUUGCUUGGCUGAUGUUUUUUGCGUCAAUCCCAAUGUUCCUUGGUCCUCCAAUUGCAGGAUUCAUCGCUGACUACAGUCAUUCAUACAACCCAGUCUUCUAUGCUUCAGGAUGUUUUCUUCUCUUGGCCUCAAUGCUUCCAUUCAUACAUUAUUGUAUUCUCAAGAAACGAAGGAAAAGCGCAAGCCUGUCGAGUAAUAAAGAAGGGAAUAUCCAAACCAAGAACAAAAUGAAGACAUGUCAGUCAACGACCACAAUGGUCAGCACUGUUGAUUUGAGCAUGACAGAUAUGACAUGACAAAAGGUUUAGUGAUCUGAAAAAAAGUCAGUUAACGAGGAGGAGACAUUUCAACAAACACAUUUUAUUUAAGUCUCAGGGUAAAAUAAAUAUGACCAGACAGAAA